CCUCUACUUUGGUCUAUCGUCAUUGGUUCUAAGUGUCAAAACGUCAAAUGAUUUUUCCAUCAUGUAAAUAAAAAUAAGACGACGUGGCAAUCAUCAUUGACAUUGAAUUUCAAUGGCGUGAUAAUUGGUGAUUUCGUGGAGAUGAGAAUCAUUGGAGGUUAGGUCAAGCCAUUGUCCGGUAGUUUUUCAUUUUUUCGGUAGGAACGAUAAGUCUAGAGGAUGAGUCUGUUGAAUAGCAGUCUGGAGAAUGCCUCCUUCAACAUCAUCUUCCAGAUUUUUUGUCGUCUGAUGACGUUCGGUCUGAAUGUCUUCGUCGUCAGGAACGUGGGGGAGGCGGUGCUGGGGGUGAUGAAUGUCAGACUCCUUCUGCUUGAGUCGACGAUACUCUUUCUGUCCAGAGAGCCCUUCUUCAAGGCCUGUCUCACCAAUGCUGCUGAGCAUAACUGGGCGCAAGUCGUUAAUCUCCUGUGGCUGACAAUUCCAAUUUGUUCGCUGAUGUCGUUCCUCUUUGGAUACAUCUGGCUGCACGUUCUGACGACAUCUGAGAUCCUCCCCGACUACUACACAUUCGCUGUCAUCUCCGUUGCCAUAUCUUGCGUUAUCCACCUGUCAUCUCUAGUGGUGCAAUUAGUUUCUUCCGCCUUUCUCUUCAACAGAUUCAAAGUAGUCAUCGACGCAACAGCGAUAGUCUUCAGAACUUUUCUGUUCGUUCCAAUGGUUCUUCACUGGCCGGAAAACGCACUCUUGGCGUUCGGGGUGGCCCAACUGGCCUACGUCAUAUUCUACUCGGGCACUCAUUACGUUUAUUUCCACUGGUACAUUCACCAGUUGAACGAGAAAAGGAAAAGUAAGAGGAAGUACGAUGAUUCCUCGGAUAGUGAGGAGGUGAAGGAGAAGGACAAGGAUGAUGGGAUCAUUCACCAUUUUCCAUUUCAGUCAGUCAGAGAUUUCUUUCCUGGGCAGUUAAAAAAUGACGAAUCAAGAUUCAACGAAAAGUUGACCGUCCUCACCUGGAGCUUCUUCCGCCAAGGAAUCCUCAAGUACGUUCUGACAGAGGGGGAGCGCAUUAUUAUGACUGUAUUCCCCGUGAUAACAUUUGCAGAACAGGGAACGUACGACGUUGUGAAUAAUCUGGGCUCACUAGCAGCGAGGUUUAUAUUUCGACCUAUCGAGGACAGUGGGUACUUUUACUUCACCCAGGUUGUCAAGAGAGAUAAGACCAUCAACGACCAGGACACUGGAAAAAUUCGCGAAAGUGUUGACGUCCUGACGCACCUCUGCUCGAUCGUCACAUCAAUUGGCCUAAUUGUCCUGGUAUUCGGACAGACAUAUUCAUCUACCCUUUUAUGGCUGUACGGUGGCACUAAAUUUACGGCCCAUCUUCCCGUUAGCCUGAUGCAAGCCCAUUGCCUGGCAGUCCUGCUCUUGGCUGUCAAUGGUGUCACGGAGUGUUACACAAAUGCAACAGCGGAUAGUGGAACCAUCAACAAGACCAAUUUCAUUAUGAUUUACGAGUCAAUAGUGUUCUUGUUGGCCUCUUAUGUAUUGACCUCGUGGCUCGGUCCAGUGGGUUUCAUAUUCGCUAAUUGUCUGAAUAUGGCAUCCAGAAUAUACCAUUCCGCGGUGUUUAUCAACAAAAGACAUGCUGAGACUAGCUACAGGCCUUUACGAGGAGUCGUCCCCAAGUUUUGCUUCUCUCUGAGCCUGGGAGCUGCAGCUGUAGUCACUCAUUCAUCUUACACACUAUUCUUCCCCGAUCGAAAACUCCUUCACUUUGCGAUCGGGACUUUCAUUUUCGCCAUUGUUGCGUUAUCAUGGAUGUACGAUAACAGAGAGCUCGUUCAACUAGGCAUCAAUAAGUGGAAGGAGAGGAGACAACAACGAGGAGAUGUUAAAAGGGAUUGAUUGAAGAAUUAUUUAACACGUGACUGGUACAAAGUUAAUGAUCACAGUUGAAAAGAAAAAUAGGAGAGGAUUUAUUUUUAUGAUGAUGUCCAUUUUGUGAUUUUAUAUUUUGUUGAUGAAAAUAUAUUAUUUUUGGUUUUGAA